GUUCGGUUUGGACGACGACUUCGCGCUCAUGAACUCGCGGACAGAAGGCGUGAAAGAGUUGUUGACCAAAAUUGAGACACAAGUGGAUGUCGUCGCGCAGACCAACGCCAAGAUCUCGUCCCGUUCUGAACUGUACGGUGCGGUCAAACAGGAGGAGCGAAUGAGCGGCGCGUUUGAUGUGAUUCUCAUCCAUUCCCAGAAUCUGAAGAAAGAAUCGGAAAAGUGUCGCAAAGAGUUAGAGAAGACAAAACAAUUACUCAAUUCAAUGGGCACUAAGAAGUUAGAGUUUGAGAGCGAUUCCGACAACGAGUCCGUUCCUCUUCGCCGAUCCAUUCGCUCCAUAUCGACAACAAUUGUGCCCAAAACGAACUUAAUUCGAGUUCGAAGAGCCAGUGUCUCAUCCAUUGUGCCGAAUUCGGAAAAACAACGGAAAACAAUGCAACCGAAAUACGUGGCGCCCAAACCCUCAUACCUGGCCAACCGGUCGCGCAGGUGUUCAAUGCCCGCCACUUCUGCUAUAUUUCGGUCCAGAAGUGGUGUCGAUAUCGAGACCUCAUUUUUGGAGAUCACUGCAGAAGAAAAGGGCGGCUCUGAGUCCGACUGCGGCUCCUCUUUGGUUAAUCCGGACUCAGAUAACGAACAAACAGAACAAAUAUCUCAACCACUUUCGCGACGAAAGUCUUCGUUAAACGAGAUAAACAUUGCGUCCAUUAAUUGUGAACAC